AUGUUCCCAGGUGCAGCUGCCAUCUUGCUGGAUGAACAGAACAAGUGGCCCUGCAGGAAGUUUCUACUGACAGGCCAGUGUGACUUUGGCCCCAAUUGCAGAUUUUUCCAUUGUCAGAGUGAUAACCUGCAGGAGCUGAGUAUCCAGGUGGAGGAGGAGAGGCGGGCCAGGGAGCGGCCUCCAGACAUCACUGAAUUCCCUGAGGGCCAUCUGGAGAAGAGAGCCAAGUGGCUGAGCUCAGCCCCAAGCAGCAGGGCUGAACCCAAUAGAGCCACCGUCUUCCAGUCCCCAGUAGACUGGACACCAGUCCAGGAGCUGGCUCCAUCUCUGUGGGCACCCCCACCCAGGAGAUGGCCCCUGAAGCCCAGCAUCCAAUAG